AUGGCAACAGGAGUAAAACCUCGUGAUGAAGAAACUCAACUCACGCGAGAAGAUCUUGAAAAUAUACAAGAUGCUAUGAAGCAAAAGAAAUUUCGAGAUCUUCUUGCCGGAUACUGCGAGGAAAUAAACGACCCGGCGAACAAGGCACUUUAUCAGAAAGAAAUGACCCAACUCGAAAAAGAGCGGGGCUACGACGUAACAUUUAUAAAUCCGACUGGAGGUUAUGUUAUCAAAACAAGUGUCGCCGGCGACAGAAAGGCCUUUAUAAAUAUCUGCAGCAGUGAUACCGUUGGCAAACCAUCUUAUAAGGUAGAGGUAGUGGAUGGUAAGAGAGGUAUGAACUGGCAAGUGCCAUACUCUAUUAUACCUCCCCGGGAUGACUAUGACCGUAAAAGACAACGUUGCGUCAUUUACGACGUAGUUUUCCAUUCGGAUACUCUCCGCAUGGCGGCGGUUAAUAAACAGUUUCGUGAAUUGGUAAACAAAACCGCUUUUGACGCACUAACGAAAACUUACAAUAUCCACUUGGACAAUAACAACUUCCGCUGCCCUAAAUCCCAAUAUAAAGGAAUGUGUACACCGGCCGUUAUUAGAAAAGAAGACCCAAACUAUCAACCUCCCGGCGACGAAGAAGACGAACAGUUAUCCCCAGAAAUGUUAGAAAAGCUUUAUCCUCAACAAAUUUAUGCACAGCCUAAACCUGAAAGUGAGUCUGAAACUCCUAAGGAGUCAUCAAAACCUGGAAAAGUUAAGAGAAAAAGUGAGGAAUAUACACACUAUGCACAAAAUGGAUACACUAAACCAAAAUAUGUUGUUAAACAACAGAAGAAUAUUGAUCUUCAGGAUUACACUUACAAUAGAGAGUGUAAACAGUAUAGUGCUAUUCCUAGUCAUAUAUCAGUUGAAAUAUACCUUCCUCUUCUGUCAUCUACAAAAGACUGUACGUUGGAUGUUGAAGAAAAAGCCCUCAGGUUGACGUCUGAAAAACCAGCAAAGUAUAAACUGGACAUUACAUUACCUUAUUCUGUAAAUGACCAAUGUGGGACUGCUAAGUUUGAUAAAAGUAAAAAUAUGUUGAUAGUGACUUUGCCAGUGAUUAAAGAAAGUCUAAGUAACUAUAAUGCUAAUAUAAACUCUUUAAAAGUGGACAGUGGUGUGGAAAGUGAAGAAAAUUCUGGUUCUCAAAGCGAUGAUGAUUACAGUCCUUCUAAGUUGGUUACUGAGUUGUCUUCAACUCCUACUGAGACUAUUGCCAAAUCUAACCUUGACAAUGUUGUUCAUAACAACUCUGAAACAUUCCUGGAUUCUUCAUUGGGCUAUAUGUUACCUACUUAUACACACAAUGUUUUAGAUGAUAUUAUAGCUUUUACUUUCCAUGUGAAAAAUACAGAGCCGGACUCAGUACAAGUAAAAAAUGAUGGUCAUGAAAUAUAUAUUAAGUUCACAUCCAUUGGAUCUGGCUUUGUCCCUGUCCACUAUGCUGCUUUAAUAACAUUUGAAUCUGAUGUAAAAUUUGACAAUGUAAGUGGAGAGGCAUGGGACAACAAUGUGAUAUUACAGCUGGAACUUUCUGGAAAUGUUCCUCAAAAGUUCAAUAUUGGCUUGACUAAAGAGUCUAUGAGCUGUGAGUACUUUGAUGUGUCUCAGGUUAAAAAAGCUAAACCAGAUGACAAGGUGGACAGGGACACUGAAGCAAAUACUCCUAUAGUUGAAGUCACCAAUCUAGGUACUGAGACGAAUAUAGUUGUGUCUUCCAAUCAUGAUGAUGAGGAGUAUGAUGAAGAUGAUUUUGAUCCAGAAGAUAGGGAAGUAAUGUUCACAGAUUCAGGAAUGUGUGAAAAUGGCUCUAAGAGUAUACUCCGCAAGCCUAACAUGAUGAGGAGCUUCUCAGAAUCUAGUGUUGGGGAUGUGGCCUCAUCUAUGGAUUAUAUAAGUUCAGAUUGUAUUCCUGAGGAAUCUAGUUUGAAAAAGACUGUUAGGUUUAGUGAUGUGAUUGCAAAACAAUUUUAUAGAUAUAAUUCAUCCAUAGAAGGCCAGAAGAAAAAGAAUCAACGUAAAAAGAGCAAAAAGCGGAAUCAAGAUCGGCGCAAAAGCGAGAGCGAGGCCGAAGAUGAUGUCACUAAUACUUCUCAGAAUAUGAAGUCAGGCUUGAAAUCAGUGUUGAAGCAACGCCGGGACAGUGGCCUAGCUGACACAUCAGACGCUGAAACUGAUUAUAAGACUGUAUCGUAUGAACAAUCUUACACAACUACCAGUCAAGAUGAAGAAGAUGUCUUUAGUAAAGAUAGUGACGCAGCAGAGACAUUGGAUAAAGAAAAGUCUGUUCUAAACAUAGUGAAUAAUAGUAAAGGUAGUGUUACCGACCAUUCGGAUGCUGGAAUAUGGGAGUCACUAGAAAGUAAAAAAGACGAUUCUGAAUCUAUUAAUUCGGAUAGUAUUAAACACAACACUGAUCUCUAUGAUCCAGAUAAAUUAAAUAAAGGCCAGUACCUAGAAGUUAUGUUUAAAAAUGAUCUCAUAUUUGACUUGGACAUGUGA